CCAUCCUGCCAGCAUGCCCCGGGCAUCACCACUGCCAUGGUCGCCAUGGGGCCGGCCUGGUGUGAAGACCUUGGUCACUGCUGGGGUGUUUGUAACCACGCUCUGGAACCUGAGGUGCUUCCUCAAACCCUCCAAUGGCUCCAGAGAAGACUCCAAACACACAAAGCCACUGCUGGUGCUGGUGUGGGAAUGGCCCUCGAAGCAGGUCCCCAAUGUCAGUGGGGACGUGUGCCACGAGCUGUACGGCAUCACAGGCUGCUGGCUCACCACAGAGCGACAGCUCCUGCACCAGGCCGAUGUGGUGGUGUUCCCCCAUGCCAGGCUUCAGCCUGGGCAGGACAGGCUGCCCAAGGAGAGACCACCAAGGCAGAACUGGGUAUGGGUCUCCCUGGAGUCCCCCUCCAACAGUAGAGCUCUAGCAGGAUGGAACCAGACCUUCAACUGGGUGAUGACCUACAGGCAGGACUCAGACAUCUUUAUCCCCUAUGGCAAGCUUGUGCCCAACCGCUCGGCCACUAUGAACAUCCCUGCAAAGACCAACUUGGUAUCCUGGGUUAUCAGCAACUACCACAGGACUCAGAAAAGAGCUGAAGUCUACAAAAACCUCUCCAGGUACCUCCAUGUGAAUGUGUACGGGAAAGCAAACAACAAACCCCUCUGCAAGGACUGCCUCUUGCCAACGACAUCCAAGUCCAGGUUCUACCUGGCCUUCGAGAACUCCAUCCACCGGGACUACAUCACAGAGAAGCUCUGGAGGAACUCGCUGCUGGCCGGCACUGUGCCCGUGGUGCUGGGGCCACCCCGGGCCAACUAUGAGCAGUUCAUUCCUGCCGAUUCCUUCAUCCACGUUGAUGACUUCAACUCCCUGGAGGAGCUGGCCAUCUUCCUGAAGACCAUGAACUCCAGCCGCUACCAGCAGUUCUUUGCCUGGCAGAGGAGGUUCAGUGUGAAGCUCUACACUGACUGGAGGGAGCGGAUCUGCACCAUCUGCACCGCUUACCCCCACCUGCCCCGCGGCCACCUCUAUCCCGACCUGCAGAGCUGGUUCAACUCCUAGUGUGUGCCGGCACCAUUGGGAUGUAUCCAGGCAGAGGAUACAGGGGUGGAAGGUGUGUGAGGCACCCACCUGCGGACCAGGAUGUGGGGCACGGAGAGAAGGGAGGACCACUGUUGUCCCAACCCAGCUGUUGCCACACUGGGACCUUGAGCAACUCCCCAUGACUUAAUUUUCCUGACCCAAUGUUGACCAUCUUGCCAGAGUGCUGGCAGGACCAGAGGGUGCUUUGGAAAUAAA